GGCCCCGCGCGCGCCGCAGCGGCCCGCAGACGGCGAGGGGGAGGGGUGGUGCGCGCGCCGGCGGGGCCGCGCGGGGAGAAAGACACUGGAAGGCAACCGGGCGGGGAGAGGCGCGCGCGGGCCGCGGCUGAGCAGGAGGCUACUAGGAGAGCCCGCGGGGUCCGGGGGUGCGAUUCCUCCGCCCCCGCAAAACAAUGUGUAGCGUGCAGCGGGGCGCAACUUGCGGGAGGCGGCGGGGACGCGCCGAACCCGCCUGAGACCGAGCUGCUGACCUCCCCCCGCCGUCCGUUGGGCCCGAGCGCCCAGCUCCUUGCUCCCCAGCUCUCGGGGGCCGGGCCGAGCUACGGGGCGGGGCCGCCCCUCCGUCGCUGCUGCCUCCUCCCCCACCCCCAGCCGCGGAGGAUGCGGACGGCCCCCGGCGGCGUCUAGCGGCCCCGGGCCCAGGCGCGAUGGUGCAGCAGCGGGGCACGCGGGCCAAGCGGGACGGCGGGCCGCCGCCCCCGGGGCCGGGGCCGGCCGAGGAGGGGGCGCGUGAGCCCGGUUGGUGCAAGACCCCGAGCGGCCACAUUAAGAGACCGAUGAACGCGUUCAUGGUGUGGUCACAGCACGAACGGCGAAAGAUCAUGGACCAGUGGCCCGACAUGCACAACGCCGAGAUCUCCAAGCGCCUGGGCCGCCGCUGGCAGCUGCUGCAGGACUCGGAGAAGAUCCCGUUCGUGCGGGAGGCGGAGCGGCUGCGCCUCAAGCACAUGGCGGAUUACCCGGACUACAAGUACCGGCCGCGCAAAAAGAGCAAGGGGGCGCCAGCCAAGGCGCGGCCCCGCCCCCCCGGCGGUGGCGGCGGUGGUGGCAGCCGGCUCAAGCCUGGGUCGCAGCUGCCUAGCCGCGGGGGCCGCCGAGCGGCAGGAGGGCCUUUGGGGGGCAGCGCGGCGGCUCCCGAGGACGACGAUGAGGACGACGACGAGGAGCUGCUAGAAGUGCGCCUGGUCGAGACCCCCGGGCGGGAGCUGUGGAAGAUGGUCCCGGCAGGGCGGGCUGCCCGGGGACCAGCGGAGCGCGCUCAGGGGCCGUCGGGCGAGGGAGCGGCUGUCACCACUGCCUCCCCUACUCCGUCGGAGGACGAGGAGCCUGAGGAAGAGGAGGAGGAGGCAGCAGCGGCGGAGGAAGGCGAAGAGGAGACGGUGGCGUCGGGAGAGGAGCCCCUGGGCUUUCUAUCCAGACUGCCCCCGGGCCCAGCCGGCCUGGACUGCAGCGCCCUGGACCGCGACCCUGACCUGCAGCCUCCGUCAGGCACGUCGCACUUCGAGUUCCCGGACUACUGCACCCCAGAGGUUACCGAGAUGAUCGCGGGGGACUGGCGCCCGUCUAGCAUCGCCGACCUGGUUUUCACCUACUGAGCCCACCGUCAGCGGGGCGCGCAAGCCCCCAAACCAGCUGUUUACAUACAGGAAUCAGGUAUUGGGGCCCCUCGGAGGCCGAGGCUGGCACCCCAUCUCCCACGCAGCCUCCCCCCUCCUAGACGUGCCCAUCCCCCCUCGAAUCCAGACAUGCCCCUCCCCCGCAGACACACCCCAAGGCAGCCCAACCCCCACCCUUUCCCUGACAUCCAAGCUCCUCCCUGCCCUGCCCCCUUCUGCACAGCCACCAGCAGCCAGCCCCCCUCCGGUACACCUCCCGUCCUUUCCUACAGACCUGUGCCCCUCCCCCACUAUGCACUUGCCCCUCCUCGAGGCCGGAGGACACGCCCCUGCCCUUGCUCCGGAAUCCCUCCGCCUUUGCCUAGCCCUUCUCUUCUCUCGUUUAGGGGGGCGCUGGGGCCCAGAGGCCCCGCGCACUCCUCCCAGGCCCCUCCCCCCCAAGUGGGGGGAGGGGCGCGCUUCUUUUACUCUGGGAACGCAGGGACCCGCCCCCUUUUGGCGCAUGCUUAAUGCUCCUUGGGAGGAGGGGGCUGGUCCCUCUGGCCAGCACUGGGCAGAAGUGGGGUGGGUACAGAGGUAUCCUGAGAAAUAUUUUGAUCCGGGAGCUGCGGCUUCUUUUCAACCCGACGGGGCGUCACUGCCUUAAUGGGAGGAGCACUCAAAAGGGGGAGAAAGGGACUAACUAGCCGGUCCGGAAGGGUUGGUUUGGAACUUGAAAAUGUCCCAAGUGGAGUAACCUCCUUUCACUUAAUGGGGUCGCGCAGACCCACCGGUACCCCCCCACACACACACCAACUACCUGAAUGCCUCUGCGGCCUAUCUUGGUCCCCAGAAACCUCUCUUUCAUUCCUCACCCUGGGAAUUGGGGUAGGAUCUUUCUCUGGAAAUUCACCAUGAGAGGAAGGGAUGACCAAGAAAACUCAGAACUGAGACACGUUAACAGUGUGUUUGGGGGACAGUGUUCUGCCGCUUCCCCCCUCCUCCGGAAGUGCCCUGUCAGUUCAGGGCACACUCUCGAGCCUGGGCUCCUGAAGCCCACAACCUCUUCCUAUCACUCAAGCCUCCCUGUGCCCCCAGUGAUAGUAUUCAGUGGGAGAGGCAGGGCACGUUGUUACCAAGGGCUUGAGACUGAAGCACGAUAGCAGAUGGAGUGUCAAGAAGAGCCUCAUUUUUAAGAGCCUUGUUUUUGAGCAGCUGACUUGAGACCAUCGAUUGGACCAGUGAGACUGAAAGGCUGUCAGAGCAGUGGAGGUGUGCCCUGCGCCUAUUUUUCUACGUGAAAAAAUAGGGAUAGCGAUGUUGUAAGAGGAAGCUGUGUCCAGUUCGGGGUGCCUUAGGGACCCUGCCCCUGAUGUUACCCCUCUAACUCCCAAUUCCCCGCUCAGGCCCCGCCCCUCCGGCCUCCCCCACCCCCACCUCCCUUGCCCUCACUACCUGUAUCUCACCGGCGUGUGUUCACCCCCCGGGUGUGCACACACUCUCAUUCACACACACAAAUCUCAGGAACAAACGGUCCCAGAGUCCUCCGGGACCCCUGCCCAGGGUCUCUGCUGGCCUCUGCCCCACGCGUUCCCAUCGCUGACAAAGCCACCAGCUGCCUCCUUUACGCUUGGUGCUCCGGCUCUGGGCCUUUCUUGCGCUCUCUCUUUCUCUCUCUCUCUCUUUCUCUCUCUUUUUUAAGUAAAACAACAACAAAAAGACAAUGAAAAAAAACCCAGAAAACGUCAUGUGAGUGAAGAGAUGUCAUUGUCUGUGGUCUUGAAGAACUAGUCUAGUAGCUGAGGGGAGGGAUCCCUCCCAUCUGGGGCACUGGCACCCACAGCAGGACUUCCGCCAGUCUGAUGCCAGGACUGAAUAAAGUGUAUUUGCCCCUAC